GAAAGGGACGGAACUAAAAAGUUCAGGAUUGAAUUCAUCAUUUUGAAAAUAUCUAAACCACAGCAGUAGGCAAAAGCAAAACUCCUCUUCAGGCUACAGCAGCCAUCCAUGUAUAAUGUAUUGAUAUGCAAAGUCUAUAAAUCUUUGCUUCCCCAUUCCUUCUUGUUUUCACACUGUGCGAGUUGAGGCAUGUUAAAGUUGCUUUUUCGCUGUCCAACGCAUAUGAUGAAUGUUUUUCCGGCAAAAUCUGCGGUGAUUGCAACCCUACUAGUAUUGUUGCUUCUUAUGGGGGCAUCUGCAUUGAGGCCAGUUGGUGGUAAGACAUAUGGCUCAAGAACAACAUUUUCAAAGAGAGAAGGUUGCUUUGGAAAUGGAUGUCAAAGAAUGUACAUUUUUCAUAACAAAGGCAGCCAAAUGCUGGGCUUGAGUUUGAGGAAGCUGCAGCAAUCUAGACUUCAGCCACCACCUGCACCAUCCAAAAAUAUACCUCAUAUAUGGUCUGUUCCACCACCUCCAGCACAAUUAGCUCCCUAAAAAUGUUCUUAUGUAUUUAUUGUAACAUUUUCCUUUAAUGGAAUAAAGAGACCCAUUUAUAAAUCAAUCAUACUGCACUCUUUCUUUGCUUUUCAAUAAGUACUACUCUCCGUAUCUCUUCUAUUUUCACAACAAUAAUUAUCACAACCCAUGUCUCAAGUUUGUAUCUUUGCCAUAACCCAAGUGUCAAAUUGAAUCUCCAAGCCUCUAACUUAGAGGUUCAAAAUGUUGUUUCAGUUCCAAUUGCUUCACCUGGACCUGUCCAAGGUUUACCAGUCUUUAUCAAGAACCAAACAAUUGCAUGCUUUGAUUAUCAAGACCCAUCUUUCCCAUGACCCAUUUUAUGCAACUAGAAUAGUUAGAUUCUAUGCAGUCAAUGGUGACCUUCACUCUGCACGUAAGGUGUUCGAUGAAAGUCCCAGCCGAAGUGUUUAUCUUUGGAAUUCCAUUAUUCGAGCCCACGCUCAAGCUCACAAAUUUGACCAUGCAUUUUCUCUGUUUAAUAGGAUGGUUAGAAGUGAAACCAAACCUGAUAACUUCACUUAUGCUUGUCUUAUACGUGCCUGCUCUGACAACUUUGAUUUAGAAGGACUGAGACUUAUGCAUUGUGGAGUUACAGUUUCUGGGUUGGGACUGGACUCAAUUUGUAGCAGUGCACUUGUUACUGCUUAUUCAAAACUGGGCCUUGUUGAUGAAGCAAGUAGGGUGUUUCAUGGGACACCGCAGCUGGACUUGGUAAUGUGGAAUUCUAUGAUUUCGGGUUAUGGAAAUUUCGGGUUUUGGGAUAAAGGGCUAGAAUUGUUUAGUAUGAUGAGAUGCAUGAAGGUAGUGCCUGAUGGAUAUACAUUUGUCGGGUUGCUUUCGGGUUUAAAAGAUUCGAGCUUGAUAAGUGUUGGCCAAGGAAUACAUGGUAUUUGUUUGAAAAGUAAUUUGGAUUCUAAUGAUCAUGUAUGUAGUGUACUUGUGAGCAUGUAUUCAAGAUGCAGGUGUAUGGACUCUGCACAUAAAGUUUUUAGUGGUUUGUUUGAGCCAGAUUUAGUUACUUGGUCUUCUUUGAUAACUGGGUAUUCUCAGUCUGGAGAUUAUGAGAAGGCAUUGUUCUUCUUCAAGUGUUUGAACAUGGAAGGCAAGAAGGCAGAUCCUAUUUUGAUUGCCAGUGUGUUGGCUGCUGCUUCUCAGAUAGCAAAUGUAGCGCCUGGUAGUGAGAUACAUGCUUAUGUUCUUCGACGUGGACUUGAAUCAGAUGUCAUGAUUUCCUCUGCUCUCAUAGCCAUGUAUUCAAAGUGUGGUUUCAUGGGGAUAGGGACUCGUGUUUUUAAGAUCAUGCCAGAGAAGAAUAUUGUUUCAUACAAUUCAUUAAUAUUGGGUCUUGGUUUGCAUGGACUUGCCGCUGAGGCGUUUAGAAUGUUUAAUGAGAUACUGAGAAACGGAUUAGUACCUGAUGAAUCUACUUUCUCUGCUCUCCUUUGUGCAUGCUGUCAUUCUGGCCUAGUCAAAGAUGGCCGAGAAAUUUUCAGAAAAAUGAGAAAAGAGUUUGGCAUUGAAGCUAGAGCAGAGCAUUAUGUUCAUCUGGUGAAGCUUCUUGGGUUGGAGGGUAGGUUGGAAGAGGCUUACAAUCUGAUCUUGUCCUUGCCAGAACCAGUGGACAGUGGCAUUUGGGGAGCACUUUUAUCAUGCUGUGAUGCCUGUGGGGAUUCUGAGCUGGCAGAAAUUAUAGCUCAAAAGCUCUUUGAAAGUAAUUCUGAAAAAAGUGCUUACACAGUCAUGCUUUCGAAUAUAUAUGCUGGUGAUGGGAGGUGGGAUGAUUCAAAGAAGCUAAGGGAUUACAUUACAGAAAGACAAUUGAGGAAAACGACUGGGGUUAGCUGGAUUAAAGGUUUCAGCCGUUCUGCAUGAUCAUCCAGCAGAGGCAGCAAAUGCAACUGCUUCAGUGUGGUGAGGGAUUGCAGACCUUCAGGUAACAUCCUCAGCCGCAGACAACUGUGCAAGUGGAGGUACUUCAAGCUAGGUAGUGCUCCCUCUUCAAGUUCUGUCCA